AAGAUUAUGGAUGGGAGGUAACCUGCAGAACCAUUGCAUGUUGCGAAGCAUGUUUGUUGGCGGUGUGAUGCUAGAUGUUGAUCAGCGGCUUGGGCAGCGCGCGCCUAUUUCAGACAGCAUAUGUAGAUAAUCAUGAUCAUUUAUCUCAACAAAUCAAAGAUCUUCCUAAGCCAUUGGCACUGCGUGAGUUUCCGUGCAAACUCUUAAGACAAUGCCAGUAGGCUGUAUCUGGAAAGUCCUUUCCAGAUAUGGUUAACGCUAUAACAUGUAGGACGACGUCACGUUUCUGGCCCAAGCAUGCGCGGCACACCGUCUUCGACUUUGCUCAGCAGACUCAAAGUCGCCUUAAACACACUCUUGUACGAAAUCAUCGCACAAUGUCUUCGCAAAAUGCUUUCGAGCCUGUCCAGGAGUGGAUUUUCGUCGAAACCGAACCAAAGAGUGCACCCUCGCAAGGUGACAAGAAGCUAGCUCAUCGGAAGAGGAUUCGCGCCCAGGCGGCCAAAGUCAGCUCCAAUGCCCGGCUCGAAACGAUUCGCAAACGCGUCCCAAAACGUACAACGCAGCCGGUCGAGCACGUUUUUCAAGUUGCGUUGUCGGGAGGAUCAGGCCAGAGGAGACAACUCCGACCUCUCGCAUCAGCAUGCGAGGAACGCGAAAGCGAGGUACUCGCUGCACAAUAUCGAGGUGGGUGUGGUUGCGUCAGUACCCAAAGAAAUGCCGAAGGAGGAUCGGGACUAAUGCAAUCCUGA